GGCCUUGCGCGGCGGCGGCGGUGUCGGUAAGAUGGCGGCCGUGAGUCUGAGGCUCGGAGAUCUGGUGUGGUUAGGAUGUUCUCCUUGAAGCUCACAGAAGCUCCUUCCCUUUGUCACUCCAGUUUUACCUUCCAGUAGUCGGAGAGCUGUGGUUUUGUAUUUCCCGAUCGGGAGAACUGAAGGGAUUCCUUCGAGGCCUGUAAGCACUGAUCUCCAAGUGCUUGGAGAGGCUCUCUUGAGGCUCUGCUUCACCGGACAGGGGGAAGCUGGGUCGGUACCCACCAUGGCCAGGAAAGAUUGUUAAUCCACCUAAAGAUCUGAAGAAACCUCGUGGAAAAAAGUGCUUCUUUGUGAAGUUUUUUGGAACAGAAGAUCAUGCUUGGAUCAAGGUGGAACAGCUGAAGCCUUAUCACCUGCACAAAGAAGAAAUGAUAAAGAUUAACAAGGGUAAGCGCUUCCAGCAAGCCGUGGAUGCCGUGGAGGAGUUUCUUAGAAAAACCAAAGGCAAGGACCAGGCAUCUUCCCAUAACUCCAGUGAAGAGAAGAAUCGGCGUAAUUCCAGCGAAGAAAGAGGCAAGCAAUCUGCUGGCGAAGAGAAACGCAAAGCCAGUUUGUCCGAAGGGAAGUUGAAGAAGGGCACAGGGGAAGGAAAAAAGAGGGUCUCUUCUGUAUCGUCAGAGAGAGGAUCAAAGUCACCUUUGAAAAGAGCCCAGGAUCAGAGCCCCCGAAAGCGGGGGCGUCCACCCAAGGAUGAGAAGGAUCUCACAAUUCCAGAGUCAAGUACAGUAAAAAGAGUGAUGACUGGAACAGUGGCUGGAUUUAAAUGGCCACCAAGCGUCAGUGAGCCUGUGAAGGACAGUGACCCACACUUUCAUCACUUCCUGCUGAGCCAGACAGAGAAGCCAGCUGUCUGCUAUCAAGCCAUCACAAAGAAGCUGAAGGUUUGUGAAGAGGAAACAGGAUCCACCUCCAUCCAGGCAGCAGACAGCACGGCAGUCAAUGGCAGUAUCACACCCACAGACAAAAAGAUAGGAUUUCUGGGACUUGGUCUGAUGGGAAGUGGCAUCGUCUCCAACUUACUGAAGAUGGGUCAUACUGUCACUGUCUGGAACCGGACUGCUGAGAAGUGUGAUUUGUUCAUCCAGGAAGGGGCACGGCUGGGAAGAACCCCUGCUGAAGUUGUCUCCACCUGUGACAUCACCUUUGCCUGUGUAUCAGAUCCAAAAGCAGCAAAGGAUCUGGUGCUUGGUCCGAGUGGAGUGUUGCAGGGCAUUCGACCAGGGAAGUGCUAUGUGGAUAUGUCCACUGUGGAUGCAGAUACAGUCACAGAAUUGGCCCAGGUGAUAGUGUCCCGGGGUGGUCGCUUUUUGGAAGCACCAGUCUCAGGAAAUCAGCAGCUAUCAAAUGAUGGGAUGCUUGUGAUCCUGGCAGCUGGUGACAGGGGUUUAUAUGAGGACUGCAGUAGCUGUUUCCAAGCGAUGGGGAAGACCUCUUUUUUUCUAGGUGAAGUAGGCAAUGCUGCCAAGAUGAUGCUGAUUGUGAACAUGGUCCAAGGCAGCUUCAUGGCUACAAUAGCAGAAGGACUGACUUUGGCUCAAGUGACUGGUCAGUCCCAACAGACCCUUCUGGAUAUCCUCAAUCAGGGACAACUUGCCAGCAUUUUCCUGGACCAGAAGUGCCAAAAUAUCUUGCAAGGAAACUUUAAACCUGAUUUUUACCUGAAAUACAUACAGAAGGAUCUUAGAUUAGCUAUUGCACUGGGUGAUUCUGUCAACCAUCCAACUCCUAUGGCAGCUGCUGCCAACGAGGUCUAUAAACGAGCAAAAGCGUUGGACCAAUCAGACAACGACAUGUCUGCAGUGUACAGGGCCUACAUCCACUAGGCUGCACCAUUCUUACUGUUAAUACUAUGAUUAUUGAUUAAUAUUAUUAUGAUACUGGGUUUUAA